CGACCGCGGCUAGUACUUGGGGGCUUCAGAGCCUGUGGGCUUUCAGAGUGCUCUGUGUGGGGCUAUCUGCUCGUGCCAUCCUCCUGGUCCAGCGCCAUGGGAGUGACUUGUGUGUCCCAGAUGCCUGUGGCUGAGGGCAAGAGUGUCCAGCAGACGGUGGAGCUCCUCACCCGGAAAUUGGAAAUGCUUGGGGCAGAGAAGCAAGGAACUUUUUGUGUGGACUGUGAGACUUACCACACAGCUGCCUCUACCCUGGGCAACCAAGGUCAGUCCGGAAAGCUGAUGUAUGUGAUGCAUAACUCUGAGUACCCUCUAAGCUGUUUCGCCCUCUUUGAGAAUGGUCCUUGCCUUAUCGCUGACACCAACUUUGAUGUGCUCAUGGUGAAGCUUAAGGGCUUUUUCCAGAGUGCCAAGGCCAGCAAGAUUGAGACCCGGGGCACCCGAUACCAAUACUGUGACUUCCUGGUGAAGGUGGGCACAGUCACCAUGGGGCCCAGUGCCCGGGGCAUCUCUGUGGAGGUGGAGUAUGGCCCCUGUGUGGUGGCUACUGACUGCUGGAGCUUGUUGCUUGAAUUCCUACAGAGUUUUCUAGGCAGCCACACACCAGGGGCCCCUUCAGUGUUUGGGAACAGGCACGAUGCGGUCUAUGGUCCAGCAGAUACCAUGGUCCAGUACAUGGAACUCUUCAACAAGAUCCGCAAGCAGCAGCAGGUUCCAGUGGCUGGGAUUCGUUAAUGACUGGCAGCUGUGGGCUCAGCUGUCACCAUGGGUUCUGCCCAGGAAAAGCAGGUGCUGCAUUCUGGGCCCUGUGUUCCAGAAACCCAUGGCAAACAUGGAGGCUUCUCUCCCUCUGGCUCCCAGCUGUGGCUAUUAUUCUGGGGCUCUGGACUUCCCUUCCCUGACUUCCACAUGCAGCCCCCCAACAACUGUUUUACCCCAUGGCUUACUGGAUUUGGCCCAUCCUCAAGAAUGGUAAUUAUGAAGAAUGAAGAAGCUUGGACCUUUCGGACUGUAGGGAAAAGGUAGGACAGGGGUGCCCCUGCCUAGCAUUGAAGGGGAAAACUGUGUCCUCAGCUCCUGAAGAUUUUUCCAAGACCCCCCAGUGGCCAUGCUAUGCUCUAUUUGUGGGCUAUGCUAUACUGAAGCCCCUCCUCUGCUCAAGGAUGUGGCUGGUCACUCUCCUGGAGAUGCAGGGGUGACACAACUGGCUACUUCUCCCUUUCUGACCUGUUUGCCAAAGUGAUUUGUGAACUGACUCCUAGGUCCUUUGCCUAAGUCCUUUGAACUCUUUCUGACAUUUUUCCCUUCUGUUGUAAAUUACGUGAAGCCACAGGCUAAUCUACUGUACAGAGAACCAAAAGGACAGGGACUCUUACAAGACAGUUUAUUUUUCUCUCACCUAAUAGUUCAGAGGUAAUCUAAGGCAGACUUAACUCUACAAGGUUACUGGGAACCAGGUGUCCUUAGGUCUUGUGCAGCCACCCCCAGAGUGUUGUUCUUAACCACAAGAUCCAAGCAGACUCAUUGGCUCCAUGUCCACAUUGCAGUGAGGGGAGAGAGAGACAGAAAUGCAGUUUCUUUUUUAAAAGCCAUGAUCUGGGGUUGCCCAAAUCCCUUUGGUCACACUUUGGUGAAAGGGAUGCUGGGAUAUAGAUCCUCUUACCAGGGCAGUCAUGCCUCAGUUAAAAGUCAGAGUUCUAUAAUUAAAAGAUGGAGGAGAAUAUGGAUGCUGGGCUCAGUUACUGACCUGCACUACACUGAGCCCAGUGGACAUGCCUAGGAAUGUUCUUGGCAGUUAAUGGCAGUUGGUGCCAUUGUAACUGAGGCAUUUGUUUAUGAGUUAGAUUGAGAUAAGGACUGAUCCCAGGGCCACUUUGAGCUCAGCUGGUUUAGUCAUGCUGGGAAGUCUUAGCAUCAAAACCUGAGUUUUGAUGAUACUCAUGGCCUGAGACUUAGAGCCAAGACUUCUCCAGCUCUCAGAAUUCAGAUUCGGAACAGCUGAUUGAGUGCUUGCACCAUGUUUCGUGAAUUCUUUCUUAUCUCAUUUGAGCCUCCAGGCUCCUCCUCUGACAUACAUUGCUUUCUUGCCACACUCCUGCUGCAGAAAUGUUCAGGCAGGCUAGCAUCAAGGAUGUACACUGAAGGCUUCUGAAGAGCACACUUCUGCAACAGGAGUCAGGAAUUGGUCAUGUUUCCUUUCUGGCUUUGGAUGAGUUUAUCUUCCUUAUACAGAAAAUUUGCAUUUUUCAUUCUCAUCCCCCUGCUUUUAUUGUCACUUAUUUAUUAUUUUUGCUUUUAAAAAAUUGAGGUAUGUUUUAAAUGUCAUUUACACACAACAAAAUACCCAGAUCUGUUGGGUAUGGUAGUUCAUGCCUGUAAU